CUAUCUCUGAUGGUUUUCUGGUGCAUUUCAUCAUGACUUCUCUGCCAGUACAGUACAGUCCCUUCAAAAUAAGCUACAACACUCAAAAGGCGACUUGGAGCAUGGCUGAGCUCAUUAGCUACUGUGUUGAGGAAGAAGAAAGGCAGAAAGCUGAAAGGAUGAAGGAUGCUGUCAACAUGGUCAGCGAGCGCUUUGGGCGUGUUAGCAUGAGCAACACUCCUAAGCAUCAGGCUGAGUCUGGCAGCAGUAGGCAGCAUAAGAGAAAGUUUAAGGGCCAUAAGAGCAAGGCUGUGUCACAUAAGAAGACCUCUAAUGAGAGGUUGUGCAAGUUCUGCAAGUCACCUAAACAUGAGCAGAAGGAUUGCCAUGGAUUUAAGGAGUGGCUUAAGAACAAAGGUAUUCAGUUCGAUCCGAACUAUAAGAGAGGGGGAGCGAAGUCUAAGAGUGGCUGAUGGCAAUGAAGUGAAGGUUGAAGGCAUUGGGAGCUUCAAUUUGGAGUUACCAGGCGGCUUCAACCUUAGUUUGCAUGAUGUUCUUUAUGUUCCCAGUUUGAAGAGAAACCUUAUUUCUGUUUCGCGUUUAGAUAAGUCGGGACAUAUUUGUGAGUUUGGCAACUCUGUGUGCAACAUUAAAUUUCAUAAUUUAAGUGUGGGCCUUGGUCAUUUGCAAGGCGAUCUUUAUUUGCUCUCUCUUGAUAAAGUUUAUUCUGCAAUGAAUGUGGAUGAUGUAUCGCAUAAGCGUAAGCGUGAUGAUAAGACUUCUUCGAAAUUGUGGCAUUGUCGUUUGGGCCACAUUUCGAGGGGGAGAAUUGAGCAUCUCAUAAGAGAAGAGAUACUCCAUUCAUUAGAUCUCUCAGACUUAGAUCAACAAUGCGUUGAUUGUAUUAAGGGGAAAUUCGCUAAGACAAUUAAGAAAGGAGCUACUCGGAGUUCGGGCCUAUUAGAAAUAAUUCAUACUGAUAUUUGUGGCCCGUUCCCAGUAAAGUCUAUUGAUGGUUUGACUCGUUCAUUACUUUCACAGAUGACUUCUCUCGUUAUGGUUAUAUUUACCCCAUUCGUGAUCGAUCCGAGUCAUUAGAUAAAUUCAAAAUAUUCAAGGCUGAAGUGGAAAAUCAGCAUAAUGUCACUAUUAAAUUAGUGAGAUCGGAUCGAGGUGGUGAAUAUUAUGGGAGACAUGCUCCAUUCGGCCAAGUACCUGGACCAUUCGCUAAGUAUCUUGAAGAGAAUGGUAUAAAGGCCCAGUACAGUAUGCCGGGCGAACCACAGCAAAACGGAGUUGAUGAGCGUCGUAACCGUACACUAAUGGACAUGGUACAUAGCAUGCUUAGUUAUUCUACUUUGUCUGUGG